GGGGAAGGAGGAGGAGGAGGAGGAGGAGCACAGGAAAGUAUAAAGACUGAAGAUGGAAUUGGAGUACCUCAGAGUCGGCGUCACCACCAUCACGGACAACAAAAACACCACCGCCAGCAUGAAGGUGUUAAUGGGCCUCCUCCUUGCCACCUGCCUCGCUCUGGCCAGCGGGGACCACGGACCCGAGGACUCCGAGCACUGCCACUGCGGAGUUUUCGCCACCGAGCACGAGGGUCUGGUGGAGCUGGACGAAUUCCCCCACGAGCACGUUGCCGACUGUUCAAAGGUCCUCGAGUGCAAGACCGUGUGCCAGAAUGCGUGGAACACUGUUGUGGGAGGCGGAGACUUGGACGCUGUCACUUCAGGGGGCAUAACCGUCGGCCAGCGCUUCUGUGACAACCUCGAAGCUGACGGCAUCUUGAACUUCGGACCCAACAAGGUGCACGGGUACAGCAGCAUCUGCCACGGUCCGCUGCUGUAUGACAACCUCGAGUCCAACCAAGAUCUGUGCUGCAAGGGAGGGAACUACGAGGCAUGCGCUUAGGGACACCCACCCACACCCACACCCACACACCGAUCCGAUAGCUCAGUGGACUAAGGCUCAGCCUGUUAGGCUCCAGUCUGACAGGCGGAGGUUCGAGCCCCGCUCAGGCCGAGAUUUUUCGGCUGAGAAGGAGUGGCUACAGUCCCCCCUUGAGCAAGGGGGAUGGGGUGUGUGGUGUGUGGAGGUCCAGCCAGUACCCAGAGACUGACUGAGGAAGUUGCUCUAACCGGGAGCGUAAUACCUGCUGGCGAUGACGAGUUCAGUUCGUGAUCAGGCUGUACUGAAUCACACACACACACACACACACGCCUUUGAUCUAUAUUUUUCUUUGGUUUCUUCUCAUCACAAUGCUUCAUGUUUACAAAGUUGAAUAAAAUAUAAAACUGCCAAAA